AUGGUAUUGAGAUUCAACAACGCGCCCACAGAGAAUUAUACCGAGAGUGUCGGCUCCAAGACCACUUUCAGAGUUCUUAAUUCACAGGUGGUUGCAAAACCAGAAUUCAACUUCUUGGAGGAUCCAUUGUACCGUAAUGUAUCCAUUCUCAUUUGGGAUCCAGCGAACUACACGUCAACUUUAGAAGACUGGUACCAUCAUCCUGAUUAUCCACUGUUUCCUGUAUAUAAGAAGUUACUUGAUCGGUAUAAGAAUGCAGAUGUGCAUUUGUUAAAUCCCCAAGUUCUAUGGGGGCUAUGGUCGGUGCUACAAGAUACAUCCCCGUACCGUUUACGGAGAAACCCGCCAUCAUCAGGGUUUAUAGGUCUUUGGUUCGCGUUGCACCGUUGUGAGCGCGUGCGCAUGUUUGAGUACGUGCCGUCUGCGCGUGCGACGCGCCGGUGCCACUACCACGCGCCGGCGCACGACGCCGCUUGUACCCUCGGCGCCUGGCACCCGCUGGCACAUGAGAAGACCCUUGCUGAGCGUCUACGAGAUAACAAAGACGUUCAAGUCUUUCAACAAGGAAUCGUUGAUAUUCCUGGCUUCAGGACCAUCACUUGUCAUUAA